AUGGAGGACGUUAACACAAAUAAUGAAGAAAAUCCACCAUUAAACGUAGCAGAAGUGGAGGCAGAAUUAAAUACUCAAGCAAUCUGUGUGAAUGUAAAAGAUCUCGACCCAAAUGCCGCCAUAGAAUGUGUAUCGGACGAUGAAGUGAGGUUUAAAGGAUUGGGAAAGAAGGAGUUGAUGCAGUAUGCCGACGAUCCAUUCUGGAAAAGGUUGCGUCUUAUUCUCCACAUCCUCUUUUGGGUGGGAUGGAUUGCCAUGUUGGUAGCGGCUAUUAUUAUCAUUGCACUGGCUCCUAGAUGUCCUUACAGACCAGACCAAAAAUGGUACGACAAAGAAGUCGUCUACGAAAUCUUACCAGAAUCUUUCCAGGACACCAGUCCCAAGUCAGAAGGCGUUCAGAAGGAAGGAGGUGGAAUUGGAGACAUUAAAGGAAUCGCAUCUAGGCUUGACUACUUAAAAGAGGAUGUUGGAAGUAAUGUACUCUAUAUAAAUUCAAUCUAUGAAAGUGAAGAUAAUGAACACAUGGCAGUUGUUAACCACAAGAUUUUCGACGGUGUACUAGGAACUAUGGAAGAUUUUGAACAGCUUCGCAAAACCACUAAACAGAUGGAGAUGCGCCUAAUCUUGGACUUCAUUCCUAAUCAUACUGGGAAGAAACAUGAAUGGUUUGUGAAGAGUCAGGUGAAAGAUGGAAAAUACACAGAAUAUUAUGUCUGGGCUUCGUGUGAUAAAAAUUCGGACAUCUAUCCCAACAACUGGAUGAGUCAGAAAGGCGGUAGAGCAUGGACGUACGAUGACAUCAGAAAGGAAUGUUAUCUCCAUCAAUUAGAGAGCGAUAAACCGGACCUGAACCUCUGGAAUACUGAUGUUCGGUAAGAAUUGGAGGACAUACUACGUUUCUGGCUUGACAAAGGAGUGGAUGGGUUUCAUAUUUUAAAUACCGAGUAUUUGUAUGAAGAUCAGAAUAUUGGCGACGAAAUACUGAUGUCUGGAAAAACAGGAACGGCAUAUGACAACUUUGAGCAAAACCAAACCAUGAAUCAUCCAGAGAAUCUGAAGCUGCUGAGUACCUGGAAGUCAGUACUGGACUCCUACAAUACAAAACCAGGUAAAGAAAAAGCUCUUGUUGUCACAGCUAAGGAUGAUUUAAAUUCCAUGAUGAAAUACUUUGAGGCUGGGGCCACCAUUGUACGUGUCACCCCAAUGGCGAACAUCGGUGACUCACUGGCUGAACGUAUCGAAACCAAACUGAAAGACAUCAAGGCCAAGAGAAUUGGAUGGAUGUAUAGCAAUAAGGAUUCCAGUCGUCUAGCAAGUAAAGUUAAUCCUGAGCAAGUCAAAGCUUUGUUGACUCUUCAAGCCACUUUGCCUGGAGUUUCCUUUAAUUACUAUGGAAAUGAAAUAGGAAUGACCGACCAUCCAUCACUGCCAGAGCCACAGAAAUACUGAACCCCUAUGCAGUGGACUCAUAAAGGAACAGGGUUUUCAAAGCAUAACAAAUGGCUCGCGCAAAACCCUAAUUAUGAUAGUGUUAAUGUUGAGACAGAAAAAGACACACCAAAGGAAUGCCAUUGA